UAAACACUCACUUCCAAAAUCACUUUAAAAUUUAACGACAGUCCUGACCAGACGUGACAAAAUUAUUUACGCCUCACUGCACGUGGCUUGGGUAAGUGACAUCGCUGUGUGGUGGGUACUAAAGUUCUAAUGAGUUUUAAUAUAUAAAUCCUUUAAUUUCUAUUUUAAAAUACUUUCUUAGUAAUGGAAUAAAUUUUACAUGGCUUAUCACCCAUUAGAUGCCAUGCAUUUGACAUAAGUAGAGACUUACUCUUUUAAACAUGCCUUUAUUUCAUAGGGAAAAUGUGCCAAAUCAACCCCAAAAAUAUUGAAAUGUUAGUUAUAGAUUUGUGCUUUAUUUUGUUUAAAAAAAAAAACCGAAUUGUCUGAUGAAUGCCUUAGUAGAUUUCGUCAAAACCGGAAGUACAGGAAGAAAACAAAAAUGAAAGCAUGUCAAUCCAUCGGAAGCAUGUUGGUGGAUCUGUGCAAUUUUCCAAGCUUGUUAAACCUCAGAGAGCAAUGACACAAUAAAAGAGUACAGAAAACAGGACUGUUGGAAAAAGUCAGAUGAUGGAAAAUAUGAGUGUUCUGUCUGUAAGAAAAAACUGGCCUCAAAACAAAGAGUGUUGAUGCAUCUUCAUGGGGUGCACAGAAUGACCCCAGUAAGGAGAGAAAAGAAGAAAUACAAACAUGACAAGACUGAAUCUGUUCCACGGUCUACUGCAUACAGAUGGGAAAGAAAGAAAUCUGGGGAAUGUGCAAAUACAUCAGCUAAAAGGAUUCUAUUUCGAGACCCCAGUUCCACAACUGGAAAUGAAGACUUGAGUGUAGAUCCUGUAGAAUUGCCUGGAAAUGAUUCAGGUUCCAGAUUGGAUGAUUCAAAAACUGAAAAGUUUGUGGUUGCCCAAGAAAAAACAACAGAUCUUUCCUUCUCUGAGCUACUACCAGUGCUAUGUUCAGACACUUCUAAAACCACCUGUGGAACAGAAGAGAAAAUGUUAUUGGAUGGUGAAUUUUCAAACACAUAUGGUUUAAAAAAAUCAAGUAGUAAUGCAUCCAUCCACAGUGUGCAGGACUUUGAAACAGUGCCCCCAAAUUUCACAUCGUCCGACUCUGAAGACACAGAAUUCUUAGAUUUCAAUUUACCUGACACUGAUGAUUCAAUCCAUAGUGUGCACGACUUUGAAACAGAGCCCCCAAAUUUCACAUCGUCCGACUCUGAAGACACAGAAUUCUUAGAUUUCAAUUUACCUGACACUGAUGAUGCAAAAUCCUUAGAUUUCAGUUCCUCUGACUUUGAUACUGACAGUGACCAUGAUACAGCUUCCAAAAGUGAUGCGGACGAUUUAGAAUGCCAUUUAGACAUGCCAGAAAAAGAAUACCAGGCACUGUCGUUGCUAUCUUGCUUUUUGAGAAAUCAGUUUUCAGCAAGUGCCAGUAAAGAUAUUGUUGAAACACUUAGAGAAAUUUUUCCUAAAUUGAAAGAAAUAAACACAUUGAACUGGGAUGAAAUGUUAUCACAUAUUGACAAUACUUCACUGAAGGAAAUUCACUAUUGUGAACUUUGCACAAAAGUUUUCCCUGUUGAGAACGAAAAUGUCUUUCAUUGUCAAAGUACAGAUUGUGAGGGACUUCGUUACAAAGGACCCUUGAGAAACCAAAACAAAACGUCAAGACAGCCAAGACAGAGCUUUGUCUUUGCAGAUGUAGGCAAACAAUUAACUGAUCUACUUCAAACACCUGGAAUUUGGGAAGAUAUUCAAGCGACCAAAAAAAGUGCCUUUGAAAGGCUUAAUUCUGGAUCUAGCAUAUUAACAGAUAUUGUAGACGGGCAAGAAUACAGAAAAUUAAUGAAAGAUGGAUUUCUCAAAGAAAGUGAAAACUUGACAGCAAUUUUCAAUACAGAUGGGGUAAACUUGUAUUCAUCUUCAAAAAUUGAGCUAUGGCCAAUAUUUUUAGCUAUAAAUGAACUUAGCCCCGCAAAGCGUUUUUCACGGGAAAACAUUCUUCUAGCAGCAAUGUGGCAGGGCAAAGGUAAACCACCUUUUCAUGAAUAUUUUAGAGAAUUUAGCAGUCAUUUGAAUGCCUUGUAUACCAAUGGUGUUGAAGUUUUUAUUGAUGAUGAUAGUUUUCAUGUGAAGUUGAAGAUCAUAUGUGGUAUAAUGGAUUUACCUGCAAAGGCGGAGUUACUCAACAUGUCAUACUUCAAUGGACCCUUUCCUUGCAUUACAUGUGAGGAGGAAGGAAAGACAGUAAAACAAGGUAAAGGAACAGCUAGAUGUUUACCUUAUAGAUCUCCUGAUGACAGAAGUAUGGAACGAAGACAUGAAGUUGUUAUUGAAAAUAUGAGAUCUGGUAGCCCAAAGAGUCGUUCUAAAGGAUUUAAAGGAAAAUCAGGGAUCUCUUAUUUAAAAGACUUUGAUCUUGUGUCAGGAAUUGUACCAGACUAUAUGCAUGGAGUUUGCUUAGGUGUCACCAAAACUCUAAUGUGUAAGUGGUUCUCAUCAAAAGGGAAAACAAAUGAAUUUUUUAUAGGAAAUCACAUAGAGGAAAUUUCUCGAAGAAUGCAACAAUUCAAACCUCCACACAGUAUUGAGAGGCUUCCCAGAAAUCUUGAAAAAAACUACCAACACUUUAAGGCCACUGAGUUGCAAACUUGGCUGUUGUAUUAUGCAUAUCCUUGUCUUCAGGACUUUCUUAAAGAUGAAUAUCUAGAGAAUUUCUUGUGUCUUUCAGAGGGGAUUCACAUUUUACUAGGAAAUGCAAUAUCAGAAGAGUCUCUGACUAAAGCAAAAUGCCUGUUGCAGCAGUUCUAUGCAUCAUUUGCUAGAUUGUAUGGGGAAGGAUCUAGUGGCCUCAACAUUCACAAUACAGGAUCACACUUGUGUGACUUUGUUAAACUUUGGGGUCCCAUAUGGUGUUGGAGUUGUUUUCCUUUUGAGGACAUAAAUGCAAUGCUGCUUAAUUCUGUUCAUGGUACAGGAGUUGUGUUAAAGCAGGCCAUGAAAUACCGUCAGGCCCAACUGUGCAUCAGAAGGAAAGGACUUCAGUUAAAAAAAUGUAAUAGCUGGAAGGUAAAUUACAUGGCAUCAAAUUGUGCUGUAGCAGGAGCUAUGCAGGUACUUCAACAACAUGAAUUAGAAGAUUCCGUGAAAGCAAAUCUGAUUAAUUUGUUACAGGAAAACUUCCUGGAUAAAUUAAAGAAACUGAACAGAGUUGUUGUUAAUGAAAAGCGUUUCUACUCGGAGCAGUACACACGUAUGCAAAAAAGAAUCUGUACAGUUGUUCUCUUCAGAAAUAAUGAAAUUGGCAAAAUCAAGUACUUCGUGUUCUGUAAUUACACUGAUUCUGUGUACGCUGUUCUCCAAAAAUUGGAAAGAAUUCCAGAAGGACAAGAAAACCAUUACAUACCAGUUACAUUCUCACAAGAAAUUGUUGUGUCCAAUGUUGAGAACCUGAUAGAGGUUUUAGUUUAUCUUGAUUUACAGGAUGUAAAUAGGAAAUAUGUGAUAAAGAUGCCCAAUGGCUAUGGCCAUGCCAUAUUCAAGUGAUUGCGUGAUGCUAUUUUCUUAUUAAUUAAAGUACGGACAGAGGCAAACUUAAUGCAGUGUAUUGAAUUUCCACUGAAACAGAAUAAAUACUCAUUUAUCAGGAUCCAAUUCAAAUUACCAGACUUAAACAGUUAAGGUAAUUUUUGACAAAGGACUUUUACUUUGAUGCUGCAGUGAAACAUUUAUGAUACAUCGGAAUAGUGAUAUGAUGACAAAAUAAAAUUUAAACAUUAUAAUGUUCUGUCACUGUUCAUACGUGUAUUUGAAUCAGCUGUGAUUUUGGAUCAAGCAAUAGAGAAUUUAUUGCUUGCACUGAAAAUUCUAUUGUAUGUUCAUUUAACAGAAAACUUAUUAUCACAAAAUCUAUACCUGUGAAAUUUCAAAAAUGUAUAUUGAGAAUUACACGGUGUAGAUUGUCAUAGCGUGCAUUUGCUAUUGAAAGUCAUUGAUCAUUUUAACAACUUAACACUGCUAAAAACAAAAUCUUUGAAAUUGUUUUACAUGUAGUGAUUGUUAGAUGAGAUUCUAGAAAAGUUCCACUUCUGUUCUUUAUAUUUUUGGAACAAUUUUGGGGUUUGAAUUCUAGAAAAGUUCCACUUCUGUUCUUUAAAAUAUUUUUUGAACAAUUUUGGGGUUUCAAUUCUGCUAAUUAGUUCAUGAAAAACCCUUAUUUACUAAUCAUACAUUUUGUUGAACAGUUCUGGAACAUAUUGCUAUUUUUUUAGUUCUAAACUUGUUCCACAUUAAUUCACUUGUCUGAUAUAGAACAGUUUUGGAACAAUUGUUCCAUUUCUUAGUGUCAGAACUGUUCAAAAAACAUUCUGUUACAUUUCUGGUUUAAAAAUCGGAUUCUUAACAUCCCACAAAAGUUCCAUAAAAAAUCUGAAAUUUUUCCUCAAGUAUUUCAAGGAUUAUAGUUCCAAACAACCUGUUAGGAACAGUUCAAGAACUGUUCUAGCCAAGCAAGAACAGUUCUAGAACACUAGAACAUGUUUUCGCAGG